CAAAUCUGUGCGUAGACUUCCCCAUUGGGGAAAGAAAGACGGAGCAAUAGCGGAAAAACCCCUAAUCCCCUCAAAACUAAAUCCCUAGGUCUUGCCCCCACUCCCGUAGCAGCAGCAGCAGCAGCAACCGGCGGCCGAUAAUCCGUCGGAAGAGAAGGCGAGAUGGAUCAGCCCGGAGAUCACGAGUACGACCAGGAGCACGAGGAAGAAGAGGUUUACGGCGGCGAAAUCCCUUACGAGGGAGACAUGGAGGACGACGUCGACAUGUCUGCCAGACCUGAAGAGGACGAGAACGCGGACCGCAGUGCCAAGCUUAUUUUGGUUUUCGUGAUUGGGCAGGAAUUGGAGGACAUGAAGAAGAGGCUGAAGGAGAUCGAAGAAGAAGCCGGCGCUCUUCGUGAAAUGCAGGCUAAGGUAGAGAAGGAGAUGGGCGCUGUGCAAGACUCCUCGGGUACUUCUGCAUCUCUGGCCGAAAAGGAGGAAGUUGAUGCCCGCUCAAUCUAUGUUGGCAAUGUGGAUUAUGCUUGCACUCCGGAAGAAGUUCAGCAGCAUUUUCAGUCUUGCGGAACUGUCAAUAGAGUGACAAUUUUGACAGACAAGUUUGGUCAGCCUAAGGGUUUUGCGUAUGUCGAAUUUGUGGAAGUGGAUGCUGUGCAGAAUGCCCUCCUGCUAAAUGAAUCUGAACUGCAUGGCCGUCAAUUAAAGGUCUCUGCUAAGAGAACAAAUGUUCCUGGCAUGAAGCAGUUCCGUGGAAGGCGGCCCAACCCUUAUUUCAGAUUUCGAAGGCCUUUCAUGCCUGUUCCCUUCUAUCAACCAUAUGGAGGGAGGGUUCCCAGAUUCAGGCGGCCAACGCGAUACAGACCAUACUGAUGGCUUGGACACCGGCGGUAGUUGAGGCCAUGGUUGCGAGAGAAGAAAAAACAGUCGAUGAUUCUGUAAUUGUCCUUCAGAAACCAUUUAUAUCACUGGAGCUCGCAUGGGCGGAUAAAAAGGAUUUUGCAUUCAUAAUUUGAGGUAGGGAAUGACCCCAUCUUCUCUCCUCCUAUUGAUAUAAUGUUAGCCUGGGGAGGAGAUCAAAGUGUGAUCAAUCUAUCUCUUUGUGCUUGGAGAGAGGGCUUAGUUUGGAAGUGACAGGAAGCGGUAGAGUAAUGUUUGUGACCAUUUCUUAUGUUUCUGUUUAGAGGAUUCUUAAUGAGUUUGGAUAUUGGAUUGUUGUUAACAUUUUAUUGCUUUAUACUCCACAGCCUUCCUCUUUUCUGCAUAUAGUCGUAGACCGCGUACGGAUCCGGCGCAAACGGCACCGUUUGGACAUUGAUAGAUCUUGUAGGGUUUGCAAACGGCACCGUAUGCUUCUGAUUUGUGGGGGAA